GUUACAGAAACACUAUGACGUCACUAGCCAAGGCGGUUUGAACAGUUUGAACCGCAAGCGCGCAAGCCUGCGUAAGCUCGCAAGGUUUGAACGCGACCACAGUGGCCUCGCAUCUGCUAGCAGCUUGAUCCGUAGGGUUCGUCGUGUUCCUCAUUCGUCACAACAUCUAAGGUGCAUCCAUCAUGUUCUACGUGCAUGAAAUUCUCCACCGGCGCAAGGGGAAGUUCGGGCUGCUUUGGUUGGCAGCGACCUCGCCAAAGUCUGUCCGCCAUGUGAAGCUCUUGAAUAUAUCCUUGGCCAAGCUGAGUGAGGACCUUCAGCGCGAGCUGACCAAAGGGAUUUUUGGAAACAAGUCGCUGCGUUUCUCCCUGCGGCUGUCGUGCCAGCUCAUCAUGGGGCUCUGGGUACUCUACCGCAGAAAGGCCGCCCUCGUCCGAGCCGAAGCGGAAGAGUGCCUGCAAAUGCUGACCAGACGAAGGCAGUUCAGGACCACCAGCAUUGAUUUGCCAAAAGCUAAGCGUCGGAAGGGUGUGACCGUAACAUCUGACGUGCCGCACGACUUUGGCAAGGUGUCCCACCCCGUCGCGGCUCCCGAGGAUUUGACUGCCGACUUGCCGGCAGGUGAUGAAGCUGCGGGGGCACUUGGGCUCACGGUGGACGUGGAGACAAUCACACUCCGCGAAGAAGUUCCCAUGACGCAGGACGACCCCCUGGAGAGAGAUGCGAUCCCUGUGGAGGUUGAAGAUGGAGGAAGCAUUCUGGAUGAGCUGGACAAGCUGAUGGCACUACACGAAGGAGAGCAGGCACCUGAUGCUGGAUUGACAGCCGCCUCUCCACAAGCAACUGUGGAAGAACUUGCCCGGCCCAUCUCACCCAUCCCCAGGGUUGAAAGCCGGACGCCCCCUCUUCCGCGAACGCAUCGUGCGAGCAGCCAGUCACCGAGAACGGGAGAGCCCACCGUAGGUGAGCCGGUCGAGGCCGUUCGAGCAGGGCCGACUGAGCCGCCAACCGGAGCCGAGCCCGAACGGAGGGCGGCCGAGGACGAGUUGGAGGAGGCCAUGCCCGUUGUUCCCGAGGCCGAGUUGCCCGCUGAUGCUAGCGCUCCUCUGGUCCAGCCAGACGUCGAUGCUGCGACACAGCCAGAGCAGGCACCGAGCCCUGCAGUCCCUCCUGCCCCGAGACCAAGGAGGCGCCGCGUUCCCGGGUCACCACCAUCCGGGGAGCCAGUACGUCGCCGCCGCCGGCGCUCUCAGGUCAUCAUCGAUCAGGAGACGCAGAUCGACAUGGAGACCAUGCGGCAGAACAUCCGCGACAGCAGUGCAGCGCCUCUUACACGGGACAUUGCGGUGCUGCCCACAGCGCAAGAUGCAGACACACUCUUCCGACAGCCCGGCCGUCGGCUGCUUUCCAAACGCCUGCUUGUGCCAUGGCAGCAAGUCCGGACAUUGCCCAGACCAGAUGACGAGGAGCCAGCCAUGGCCCCCGAAGAACCAGUUCCUGAGCCAGAGGCUGAGCCCGUUCCGGAGCCCAUGCCAGAGCCAGUUCCUGAGCCAGUUCCUGAGCCACUUCUUGAGCCACUUCUUGAGCCACUUCUUGAGCCAGUGGCUGAGUUAGCUUCUGAGCAAACGGUUGAAGCACAGGAGCUGCCCUCGGCUCAUGGCCUGGAAGUGGCGAGAGAGCCUUCACUGCAAGACACCUCAACUGCCAGCGGAGAGGGGAAACUGGCAGGAAGGACUUCCGUGGUUCCAUCGAUGACUGGGAUUCCUGAGGAAGAACAGCAAGCAGAAAUUCCUGGGGCCGAGGAAGACCAGCUGCCCAUUCCAGAGGGACCGGCACCGCCCGAGGACGAGCCAGAGCAGGCUCCCGUGGCACAAGUUGCCCCUCCCGACGAGACUGUGGUGCAUCCUGUGCCUGCAGCAGAUGCCCCCGUGGCGCAGCAAGGCUCCAUGUUGCGUGUGUGGGAUCGGCUGCAGCAGUUCAGCGACGACCACGGACUGUGCACCAUGGAGACGCUGGUCACACCGGACGCCUUCAACCGGAGAGCCGUGGCCAGCUGCUUCGGUGCGCUCCUGCGUCUUCACAAACGCCAGCUGGUGCACCUCAGUCAGGAUCAGCCAUACGGCCCAAUCGUGAUUGAAGUGAACCAGCAAGAACAGGGCACCCCACCAAUGGCUGGGCACCUCAGCCCCUGAGCGACCACCACACAACUAGCACUGGAAGCAGCGUCAGUGUGGGACUACAUUGGGACAACACUGUCUUUGUUGUCUCUCUUGACAGAUCAGGUCGCAAAUUUCAAAUAUCUCCCAAAAGUUGCCAUUUUCUGCAUCAUCAGUGUCGCCGAAGAGGCAGACACAAAGCCUUCUCUGUUUCUUUUUAAUGAUUAUGGGUCUCAGAUGAAGCAUUGGGCAAGGAGAGCGUAACAGCAAGAAAUGAGUAGAAACAGCAAUAUUCACAUAUGCAGCUUAAUAUAAAAACAUUGAAGAAUUGCUUAAAAAGAAACGUAUGCAGAAAUAUACUAGUAGGGUUCUUUGAGCUCUUGCUGCUGAGGUCUUUGUGUUGGAAGUACAGCUGGCAUUUUUUCUUGGUCUUCUUUUACGAUUGCUAUUUCUGGCAUCCUUGUGGAAAUGCAUAUUAAUCCACUUAGGAGGAGAUUCGGAUUCGUCCAAAAGUGAUGCAGAUUUAGUUGACCUAUUUCCCCGCUCAACACAAUGGCAAUAACUAUGAAUUGAACACUGAGAAACAUAAAAGCCAUUUACAGCAAGCUGCAGUGAUGUAACAACAGCCUCUUUCUUUUCUGUUUAUAUAUAUAUAUAUAUAUAUACACCAUGUUUUCCCUUAUGUAAAAUAACAGACGAAGGUGCUCAGAAACAUUUCUAAGCACUGGACAUUUUUAUGAUAGAUUUUGUAGCUGGUUUUAUCGGUCAGUUGAUAGCAUUUACAUUGCAUUCAUGUGACAUUUGUUGAGUGUAAUUUUGAAAUGCUACACUAAAUGUUAAAUAGUUAUCUAGUCAUUUGCCUAUUUUACAUUUUUAGCUUGUACUGAUGUCAGCACAUUCUUUUGUGCCAAACUUGUUUUUAUGAGUCAGCAUUUACCACAUGCUAUGUGCAUGAGUGAAUCUCAUGAUUUUAUGGUUUUAUGACAUGGUUUUAUGACAAGUCUCCUUGAGGUGCUGCAAACUGUUUUGUUGUUUAUUAACAUUGUCAAUUUUUUGUUUAUGAAGUUCUCCACUUGUUUGUUUUUUAUCUGACUUUGUGAUUGUUACCUGUGAUAAGGCACACUGAUGGUACUCAUAUGGACUUACCUCAGCGUUGGCCCAGCUGUGAUGUUUUCAGAGCUUCGAGAUACCGUUUUAAGGUUUUAUUUUA